GGGCGCUGGGCGAAGCGGGUAGCGGCUGACCUGGUUUCUUGCCUGAUCGCGUUGCCAAGGGAGGAAAAAGUUUUCGGCCGGGGUAGGAAAUGUCUUUGCUUUGGGGAAUGCAAACAGGGUAUUGGGGACGCUGGAGAGAGCUGGUCUGUCGAUUUGGGGAGUAGGGGAGUGGGUGAUGGAAACUUGAACCUAGAGAGAGCGCGAUAUUGUGCGGAGUUGGGGCCUGGGACCCAGGGUGGGAAUGCUGGGGUCACCGCAAGUGCCGGGAAAUGACGGGAGUAACAGGAGCGGUGGCCGGGAGAGAGCGGGGGCGCACCACUGGGCUCUCCUCGCCUUGCAUCCUCUCUCCCCCGAAUGCCGGAUUUGAGGCACCAAGAGUCCGGACAAGAGGAGCUACUCGGCUUGGUGUGUGCUCGUGCGCGCGCGCCUGUGUGAUGUGCGUGUGUGGCUUCCCUCAGAUGAUUUCCUACCGCUUUUAGGAAAGCUAAAGCAGACACCCGCCAACCUCGAAAUAGGGUGGCUUGUUCGGAUUGCAUUUCAGGGGGCGAAGAGGCAAAUUUGGCACUUAGUGUAACACCUGGGCGAAGGUGGGUAGCCCCGGUGCGCAUCUUUACUGACCCAGAGAGAGUCUACACUCGCGGAGCCGUGGCCGUUAGACCGCACCGGAUCUCCUCUCUGGAACCCUCCCCGAGAACAGCCUCCUUACAGCUGGGUUAAUUUCUGCGUGUUUUUAAACCGUGGUGGUGUGGGGGGCGGGGUGGGGGCACAGUUGACUCGUGCAGCAAAAUGCACUUGUCUUUUUCGCGCUGUGCGUGUUGGAAUUGUGAUCCUGUUCGGCGUGCGUGUGCAUGUGUGCGACUCUCCUAGCACGCAGGUUGGAAGUGGGAGAGGAAGCAGGGGUUUGGGAAUUGCACCCAUAUGGACAGAUUACAAGAAUGCAAACAUUCAUGUGUCUGCAAGUGUUAUUUGAACCUGUCCGAUGGCUGUAAGGAUAUGCUGUCCUCAGGCUGGCUGUGUUGCGAUGUUGAACGGGAUGGCUCUUCUUAGGAGAUCUGAACAGUGAUGGCACACAUUUCAGUUAUGAGUCGCUCAGUGAGCUGUGGAUCGACGGAACGAUAAGCAUGCCUGUCGUGAUGUAUGCCGCUAAGCCUCUUCACUACAACUGUGUUCUGGUCAGAGGCCAAAUAAAUGACAUUCAGAACUUCUACUGAGGUACUAUGAGCUUUCGUGGUAACAUGGCCCCUGUUUUCCUUCUACAAGAGAAAUUCAGCACACAGCAGAGUCCUUGAUAAAUUGGAUUAGUUUGAUGAUCCCACUUGGAAUAGACUAUGUCAGAGAAUCACAAUGACCUUGCACAAUAACAGUACAACCUCGCCUUUGUUUCCAAACAUCAGCUCCCCCUGGGUACACGGCCCCUCGGAUGCAGGGCUGCCCCCAGGAACGGCCACCCACUUUGGCAGCUACAACAUUUCUCGAGCAGCUGGGAACUUCUCCUCUCCCAAUGGCACCACCAAUGACCCUCUGGGAGGUCACACCAUCUGGCAAGUGGUCUUCAUCGCCUUCUUGACGGGCGUGCUGGCCUUAGUGACCAUCAUCGGCAACAUCCUGGUGAUAGUGGCCUUUAAGGUCAACAAGCAGCUAAAGACCGUCAAUAACUACUUCCUCUUAAGUCUGGCCUGUGCUGAUCUGAUUAUUGGGGUCAUUUCAAUGAAUCUGUUUACUACCUACAUCAUCAUGAACCGAUGGGCUUUAGGGAACUUGGCCUGUGACCUCUGGCUCUCCAUCGACUACGUGGCCAGCAAUGCCUCGGUCAUGAAUCUUCUGGUCAUCAGCUUCGACAGGUACUUUUCCAUCACGCGGCCACUCACAUACCGAGCCAAACGAACCACAAAAAGAGCCGGCGUGAUGAUAGGUCUGGCUUGGGUCAUCUCCUUCAUCCUUUGGGCCCCCGCCAUCUUGUUCUGGCAGUACUUUGUUGGGAAGAGAACUGUGCCCCCAGGAGAGUGCUUCAUUCAGUUCCUCAGCGAGCCCACCAUCACCUUCGGCACGGCCAUCGCUGCCUUCUACAUGCCUGUCACCAUCAUGACUAUUUUAUACUGGAGGAUCUACAAGGAAACUGAAAAACGCACCAAAGAGCUCGCCGGCCUGCAAGCCUCGGGGACAGAAGCAGAGGCGGAAAACUUUGUCCACCCCACGGGCAGCUCUCGAAGCUGCAGCAGCUAUGAGCUUCAACAGCAAAGUAUGAAACGCUCGGCCAGGAGGAAGUACGGACGCUGUCACUUCUGGUUCGCCACCAAGAGUUGGAAGCCCAGUGCCGAGCAGAUGGACGCAGACCACAGCAGCAGCGACAGCUGGAACAACAACGACGCUGCUGCCUCCCUGGAAAACUCGGCCUCCUCUGACGAGGAGGACAUCGGCUCCGAGACGAGGGCCAUCUACUCCAUCGUGCUCAAGCUUCCCGGCCACAGCACCAUCCUCAACUCCACCAAAUUACCCUCAUCGGACAACCUGCGGGUGCCUGACGAGGAGCUGGGAGCGCCUGACUUGGAGAGGAAGGCCGGCAAACUGCAGACCCAGAAGAGCGUGGACGAUGGAGGCAGUUUCCAGAAAAGCUUCUCCAAGCUUCCCGUCCAGUUAGAGUCAGCCGUGGACACAGCCAAGACCUCUGAGGCCGACUCCUCAGUGGGUAAGGCCACGGCCACCCUCCCCCUGUCCUUCAAGGAAGCCACUCUGGCCAAGAGGUUUGCUCUGAAGACCAGAAGUCAGAUCACCAAGCGGAAGCGGAUGUCCCUCAUCAAGGAGAAGAAGGCGGCCCAGACCCUCAGCGCCAUCUUGCUUGCCUUCAUCAUCACCUGGACCCCCUACAAUAUUAUGGUUCUGGUGAACACCUUUUGUGACAGCUGCAUCCCCAAAACCUAUUGGAAUCUGGGCUACUGGCUGUGCUAUAUCAACAGCACCGUGAACCCCGUGUGCUAUGCCCUGUGCAACAAAACAUUCAGAACCACUUUCAAGAUGCUGCUCUUGUGCCAGUGUGACAAACGCAAGAGGCGCAGGCAGCAGUAUCAGCAGAGACAGUCAGUGAUCUUCCACAAGCGCGUGCCCGAGCAGGCCUCGUAGAGUGGGGUCUUACCAAUCGCGGUGACCAAACGCACGCACGUCGGCCCACAGACCUUAGCAGGGAAUGAGGCGAGGGCGGGGGCGAUUUCUGGGCAUGAUGAAUAUGGUUUUUAUCACCCAGAUAUGGAAGGAGCUGCCUGUUCACUGACCCAUUGAAUAAAUCCAUUUUAAUAGAGAAAGUCAAAUACCAAUUCAGCAAAAAAAAAAAAAAAAAAAAAAAAGCGUAUUACCGAAUAUAAAGAGAUUUAUUCUUAAAUAGACUUCAAGUGUUUUUUUCUUAAAGAAAGGAAAAAAAAAAAAUGUUUCGUAGCAAUUA